AUGUCUGAUAUAAUACGGUACGAUUAUAAUGAUCAUUGGAAAGAAAAACAAAUUACUCUUGAAAGAACAAACAGUAGCCAUGGAUCAUUGGAAUUUACUAUUACAGGAGGGAUUGAUUUACCUUUUAUAAAUCAUCAUUUUAAAUUUAUUAUUAUUACGAAGAUUGCUGAAAAUGGUCUUGCAUAUAGAGAUAAACAAUUAAAAUUAUAUGAUAUAAUAUUACGUGUGAAUAAUAUCGAUUUUAAAAAUAUAAAACAUCAAACAGCUGUUGAUAUUUUGAGAGCAUCGGGAAAGAAAGUGCAAUUGUUGAUUCGACGUCUCGCACCUUUGUAUAGUGAAGAGAUUGAAUUGAAGCAUAGUGGAAAAUUAGGUAUUUAUAUUAGAGGUGGAAUUGGAGAUGACUAUUUUGUGAAACAAAUUAAACAAACUAUUUUACAUCAAGGACAAUAUGAUCAUUUAGGCUCGAACGAUGGAAAUUAUCCAAGAUAUGAAAAUCGUUUGUUAAAUAGUCGAGAUAUCAAUCGUUCAACAGGAUUUCUGCCACAAGAGCGUUCACAAGCAAAUCCUAUUGGAUCAGUAAUAACACAACCGGAAAUUAAUCGUCAAGAAAUUCAAAAGAGUCAAAAUCUUAAACAACCCGUUGAUAGUACUGACCCAAAUGCUGCUAUCGAACAGGAAACUACACAGGAAUUAAAACUUAGAGAAGCAGCGAUUCGCGAUGCUCAUGAGGAAAGGAUGCGACGUCAAAUAAGUAGAAUGGAUCACAUAGCACGUAAAAAUAAGGAUGGAACAAGUGGAGGAUUACGAUGGCACAUUGAUUAA